AUGACUACUGUCAAGCCAAUUGUUGAAGAGCGACAACACCAUUCAUGGGGUUUGUUGGUACAAGGAAGACCUGCUACCCCUUCCGAGGGUAGAGCUCAGCAAUACACUAGAAUUGGCUCAAAGGACACUCAAUCACUUAUCACUCACAAUAAUGGAACUUGUUUGGAGUUCGGCCCUUGGGACUUGGUCGACGAAUUUGAUGCUACCAAGCCCUUUUACCAACAAAUUCUUUUGAUCGAUACCACGAUUAAGGAUAUCCAAUCGGUUCGAAUUCGCCAUAACGACACUGUUGGUGAUGAUAUCGAUGUCUUUAAAGGCUUUCGAACCAUUCCUUACACCGGUGAGCGUCACCAGCACGUCUACCCAAACGGUGAGACCUACGACCAAGUACCGAGCUAUUAUGCGAGUGUUGCAAACACACCUUCCAUGUACUCAACAUCCAAUAAAUCAGAUGUCAUCGGCGAGGCACAUCCAGGCCUAUCUUCCGAUACUAGAUUUGGUGUUUUGGUACCAAGCCAGGAUCGAAACGCAGGGCGUGGUGGCAACUCGCAUCGAGGAGGAUCUGAUCGUGGAAGAGGCAACCAGCACCAUGGCGAGCGUGGUGGUUACGCGCAGCAUCUAAAUCGCCGCGGAAGACGUGAUCAGCAGUUUGGUCGUGGCCAGGGACAGAGACGUGGUGAUGGAAGCGGUGAUUGGCGCGGUACCUUUCGUAAUGUGGGACGCGGUGGACGCCACCAUGACAAUGACAAUCAUCACGUAUCUGUGCAAGAUCGAGAGUCAAUGAAUGAUCGUGGAAAUGAGCAAAUUUGGGAAAAUGGUCGUGGUGAGAGCACUUCCAGCUAUCAGCAAGAAGCUGGCCCUAUGUAUCCAAUCUACAAUGAAACUGAUCGCACCUAUCCUACUUCCAGCGAAGACAAUCGUGCUUAUUCAGCUUACGCCAUCUACAACCAAGCUAAAAACCAUUACAUGGGACACAACGGAGACGGGUUUGCUCAUGCUUCUAUGACAAGUGGCCCACAAGAUCCUGUCUACCUGGGAUAUGAGGAACAUCAUGCUGUCGCUCCUCCACCUAAUGCAUUUAUGAUGGGUCCCAACGGACAGGCAAACCCCUACUUUGUCCCAGUUGGCACCAACGGAAUUCCUUACGCCGCUCCUGUCUUUUACCCAUACACUCGCAACGCAACCGAUGGUUAUGAAUAUGCCAAUAACCAUUCAAUUCUGUACUCACCAGAACCAAUCGAGAACCACAUGGGUGGCCAUUCUCAACAAUUCAUGCCUGGUCAAGACAUUGGUGUUGCUGUUCCUAUGGGACCUGAGCACAGUCCUGCAAAUCCACGUCCUCGUGUUGUUUUACCACCAACAACGCCUGGCAUACAAAUGCAUGCCAGACAUUCCGUAGGCUCUGAGGAAUUCUUGGGUGCUGAUAUACAACCGCCAACCCCGUUUGGUCCAACACCCGGCCGUUCACCUAUGAGAACUACCACGGACGAAGGCUCGCCACUUAUGCGUCCUCGACGUCAUGCGACUGAUCCCACUCUCUCCUUCACUCCUUUGACUCAUGGUCGAUCAACUUCAGGAUCUGGUACAGACUUGCGCCGUUUGGCAACAGGCAACUCUGGAUUCGCAAUUGCCGAGGCAAGAAGCUCUCCUAGUGCUGGUGCUUUUUCGCCAGAAUCACCAGAGAAUCAUAAUCUAAACUCGACAGCUAGAAGCUCUCCUGGCCUUUCAUUCUCUACUCUUGGUGUAGUCGGCCCUAUGGCAAGAACAUCGUCUACCCAUGAACUGAAGUAUGUCGGCUACACUAUUCAAGGUCAAUCUGGACUGUCCUCUGGCUCUGGCUCACGUACGUCUACGCCAAUUGCCAACCCAGGUCGCCACUGGUUUGGGGCCAGACAAUUCGUCCCAAGUGGCAGUAGAUUGUCCUCUCCUGGCAUGGCCAGCCCCGGAGCUACUAAUAGAAUCUGGGCGGAGUCAAGAUCCGAGAAUGGACAAAUUUAA